UUGCUCCUCACAGAAAGAAUCCGGCUCUGGUGAGAUGAGGGGACAGGAUGGGACCUCGACCGGUGGACCGCUGCUGAAUACUCCUAAAAGGACACUUUUGCAGGUGGUGUGUGGCGCGGUGUGAGGGGAGGUCAUGCCCCUGGUCAAGAGGAACAUAGAGCCCCGACACCUCUGUCGAGGGGGGCUGCCCGAGGGGAUUGGCAGUGAGCUGGAGUGUGUCACCAACAACAGCCUCUCUGCCAUCAUACGCCAGCUCAGCAGUCUAAGUAAACAUGCAGAGGAUGUCUUCGGAGAGCUUUUUAGUGAGGCUAACACAUUUUAUGUGCGUGCCAACGGUCUCCAAGAGCGCAUCGACCGCUUGGCUGUCAAGGUCACCCAGCUGGAUUCCGCUGUGGAGGAGGUCUCUCUGCAGGACAUCAACAUGCGCAAGGCGUUUAAAAGCUCUACAGUCCAGGACCAGCAGGUGGUGUCCAAGAGCAGCACAUCCAACCCUGUGGAGGACAUGUACAACACCAGUGACAAGCCUCCUUCUCUCAGCAUCCUCUCUGCUUACAGAGAUGACCACACCGAUGGGAUGAAGUUCUACACGGACCCUUCCUACUUCUUUGACCUGUGGAAGGAGAAGAUGCUGCAGGACACAGAGGACAAGAGGAAGGAGAGAAGAAGACAACGCGAGCAGAAGCGAUGUGUUGACGGCACACUUCAGCGCGAGGUGAAGAAGGUUCGUAAAGCCAGAAACCGCCGUCAGGAGUGGAACAUGAUGGCAUUUGACAAAGAGCUCCGCCCAGACCACCGCCACCCUCACUCUCUCCACCGGGGGGCGUCGUCUGAGGGCUCCCUCUCCCCAGAGAGCAGAUAUGGUCAUGACCUGCCAGACUACCCAACUGCUCCAGGCCUUCCACAUUCUGCAUCCAACCAUGCCCUGGCUCACCCCUACCCGCCUGCAGACAUUCAUGAGUCUGUAGAGCAUGAGUACUACAGCAUCGGAGUCAGUUACAGAGAAGGGACUCUCAACCGCACACACCACUCCCCACCUCGGCAUCGCUCCGCUGAGAGAAUAAAUGGCACUAUGACGCUUCCACCUGCGGACUACAGUAUAAUGGAGUACUAUGCCAGUUCCGGACCACCACCCCCUCCUCCAGCCCCUCUUAUCCCAUCCGCACAGACAGCCUUUGGCUCUCCCUUGGUAUCCCCCACUCCCCUUACUGGACCUAGGCCAGGGGCCACAGGCUAUGGUCCCCCACCCCUACCUCCCCCAGGACCUCGUAUGAUUCCACCUCCCCCAGGUCCCCCUCCACCACCAGUACCCCCUGCCCCUCCCCAACUGGCAGGACUCGGUGACGGGAAGAGACAGGACUCCCAGCCUCGAAGUGACCUUCUGUCAGCUAUUCGCAUGGGUAUCCAGCUGAAGAAGGUGCAGGAGCAGCAGGAGCAGCAGGCCAAGUGGGAGCCUGUGGGGAACGACGUGGCCACCAUCCUGUCCCGUCGCAUCGCAGUGGAGUACAGCGACUCGGAGGACGACUCCGAACUGGAAGAGAACGACUGGUCCGACGGACCCUGACCCCCGUCCUUUACAGUGACCUCACACCAUGGACACAUCGCUCCUCCAGCCCAACUAUCCCACAUUGGUGAUGAUGCAGUACAGAUGGAUUAUGGGAGUCAUAUUUUCAGUAUGCAUUAAGCGGGUAUAGGCUGAGAACCCACUUGCAUUUUAGUGUAAGUCCUGUAGGUGAGUGGACUGGACUUAAAAUUAAGGCAUAUUAGUGUCCUGAUGAACUGCGAUUCAGCUGAAAUCACUCAAAGGUACACGGACCAAAUAACCAAGUAGUGAAUUUCCCUUUUCCCUACAGAGCUGUCUAAUCUCUCUUUAUCAGACACCAACGUCGCCAUUUCAUCUGACAUUGAUCACCAACACUGUCUUCUCAGUGUCACUAACCUCAUUUAGGAUUUGAUCUGCAUUUAGAAUCCAUUAGAAGGAUUGAGGUUCUCUCUGUAGCAUAGACUGGCUCUGAACAGACAUACCGGGUACGUUCCAGCCCGACUGUGUUUUAAGAUGGAGUGGAGUGCAACCAGUGACAAUGAUAAUGACUUGCUUGUCAAUGUAAACAUGUCACUUCACAUGGAUUCUAGAAAUACAUUUGAUAUGAUAUGCAGAUCAGCAAGCUGACCACUGAGUGGCACUGUGCUCACGUUUAAUGCUCACUAUUUGAAUGAUUUCUUUUUGAGAUUCGACAAUAAAAAAUGUUUUUUAAAUGAA